AAAAAUAUUUUUGCCAUGAAAUUGCAAUUGUGUCUCCUGGCGAUUGCCACCUUAUUCAUGGGACAGACUUGGUCCAAGGAUUGGUGGGAAAACGGGAAUUUCUAUCAAAUCUAUCCUCGCUCCUUUCGUGACAGUGAUGGCGAUGGCAUUGGAGAUUUGAAUGGUGUCACCGAGAAACUCCAGUACCUCAAGGAUAUUGGCUUUACGGCAGCAUGGCUUUCACCAAUUUUCAAAUCGCCCAUGGCUGAUUUUGGUUAUGACAUUUCCGAUUUCUAUCAGGUCCAUCCGGAAUAUGGUACCAUGGAGGAUUUUGAAAAUAUGAUACGAAAAGCCAAGGAGGUGGGCAUUAAAAUUAUCCUGGAUUUUGUGCCCAAUCAUUCGAGUGAUGAAAAUGAAUGGUUCAAGAAAUCCGAAGAUAAUGAUCCCGAGUAUCGGGACUUUUAUGUCUGGCACAAUGGCAAAGUGAAUGCCACCACGGGAGAGCGUGAGCCACCCAGCAAUUGGCUGAGUGCCUUCCGUUACAGUGCCUGGCAAUGGAGUGAAAAGAGACAGCAAUAUUAUCUCCAUCAAUUUGCCAUUAAACAGCCUGACUUGAAUUAUCGCAAUCCCAAGGUGGUGCAGGAAAUGAAGAAUGUCAUGCGUUUCUGGUUGGCCAAGGGUAUUUCCGGUUUUCGUAUCGAUGCAGUGCCAUUUUUGUUCGAAAAGGAAUUGGGCACGGAUAACAACUAUCCCGAUGAACCGGUGGUAGAGAAUGUGGCUGCCUGUCCAGAUCCAGAUGAUUAUUGCCAUCUGCAGCAUAUCUAUACGAAUGAUCAACCGGAAACUUUUGAUAUGGCCUAUCAAUGGCGUGCCUUGGCGGAUGAAUUUAAAAAAGAACAUGGUGGCGAUACCAGGAUCCUGCUGACCGAGGCCUAUACCAGUUUUGAGAAUAUUAUGAAAUUUUACGGGGAUGGCCAAAGGAAUGGUUCCCAUGUGCCAUUUAAUUUUGAUUUUUUGACAAAUGUUUUGAAUGACACAUCGGCGGAGGAUAUUGUGGGCCACAUCACCAAAUGGUUGGAUCGCAUGCCCAAGGAUGUCUAUGCCAAUUGGGUGUUGGGUAAUCAUGACAACAAGCGGUUGGCAUCAAGGUUGGGUGUAAAUAGGGCCGAUUUGUUUAAUAUUCUGCUGCAGACUUUGCCCGGCAAUGCUGUUACCUAUAAUGGCGAAGAAUUGGUAAUGACUGAUGUCUUCAUUAGCUGGGAGGAUUCAGUGGAUCCCCAGGCCUGUAACGGCAAUCCCCAGACCUACUAUGGCCUGUCCCGAGAUCCUGCUCGCACACCCUAUCAAUGGGAUGCCUCAUAUUUGGCUGGUUUCACCACCGGCGAUCACACCUGGCUCCCGGUGGCCGAUAACUAUGCCACCGUCAAUGCCCUGGCCCAAAUGCGUGCCCCUCAAUCCCAUUUGCAGAUAUUCAAGAAGUUGCUCAAACUACGCAAGGAACCCUCCUUCCAGGAUGGCGAACUGAAUAUUCAAGCCAUUCCCAAUGACAUCAUUAUCUAUUCACGCCAGAAGACCGGCAGUGAUCUGUAUGUUGUGGUCCUGAAUUUGGGUAAACAGGAUCAGACCAUCAAUCUGAAUCAAUACUAUCAGCUGGGUAGUCAGGCGGAAAUUAUUACCACUUCGGUGCAUUCGAAAAAUGUUGAUGGGCAAGUCAUAAAUCCUGGCCAGUUUGUGGCCGAAGCUGAGGUGGGAACGGUUUUGGUGAAGGUGUAAAAAUAUUGAAUAAAAAAUUCAAUAAAUCCUGUAGAGGAAUACAAAAUCAGCAGCGAAA